UCUCUCUAGAUUCCCGAACUUGAAGAAGAAGACGAGUAAAAUGGCGAGCUCUGUGUCCUGCAGGCCGUCGAUUGUGGCCAGACCGAUUCCAAACGAUGGUUUUCUGUCGUCGUCGGGAGCUCUAAAUUGUGCCGGGGCUGUUGUACCUUACUGUACAAGCACGAGGGCCCUCCGAAGGGUUUGCGGCGUGCGAGCUUCAGCUGUGGAUUCGUAUGAAGGUUCAUCUAAUUUCGCUAAUCGCAUGGAAAAAGCAUGGUUAAUCUCUAAGCAACCAAGGCCUAUUGCUUGUUCUUCUUGCAACUCAAAUGGUCAUAUCGAAUGCAAAUGGUGUGCCGGAACAGGCUUCUUUAUUCUCGGCGAUAACAUGCUCUGCCAAGUCUCUUCGAAAAGUACAAGUUGUGUUAUUUGUACCGGAAAGGGAUCAAUGCGAUGUUCCGACUGCAAAGGAACAGGCUUUCGUGCCAAGUGGUUAGGACAGCCUCCUGUUUCCAAGUAGUAGCUUUGCUUGAAAGAGAUGCCUGCUCUUGGAAAGCUUCAACCGUCGAAGCCGCUAUACAAAUUGUAGUAACAUCUUAUUCAUGUUGUAACAAUUCUUCUUCAUUCAAGUUAUGAAAGUUACAUAUUCUUUUAAACAUCACCCUUUACCAGUUUACCUUAUUCAUCUUAGUUUCCGGAAUGUAAAACUGUCACUGCCUCCAUCAGUUGCACGAAGUUUUGCAUGUCCUGAUCGAUUCUGUGUAUAAUACUGAUUACCUAUGCAACAUCAGGUAUUAACGCAAAAUCUUCUCAUGUACAAGAGAACACAUCCGGAACAGAUUGAUUUCGAGAUGGUAUUUUCGAAAGAAAUGAAAACAAGUUCUUUUC